AUGUUCUUGGGUCUUUGGACAGAUAUAUUGCUCGGCCGGGUCUUCGCGGGUUCGCAAACAACCUCAACAGCCAUUUUUGUAGAUUUGUUGGGACAUUAUAAUAUUUGGAUUUGCUGGACUUUACAAAAAGUGCCUGGGUUAUUUUGGUUGGGUAGUUCUUGUUUCAUCUGGGAGACUGAAACUAAAGGCGUAAAAAUAGCGCUGCGGUCAGCCUUGGCAACUGAGCCGGAAGUAAGGAUUGUUGUUUUUGUCGGAUUUAGGUUCAAUGUUGAGCAGAUGCUGGCAAGCUUGACCAGUGAUGGUGCGGACUUUUCAGUGGAAGAGAAUGAUUUGGUGCAGGGGUUUGAGUUUUUUACACUGGGGACAGUUGAUUUUGAGGAGGUAGGGCGGGAGCACCGCGGAGGUGCCAAAGGA